AUGGACAUGUCCUUUCUUGAACAAUGUAUGAUCUUCAAUGGUACCUUCAAUGCCGAAAGUACUACUCACGCUGCCUUGAUCGACGUGGAUCCAUCGAAGGAUGAUGACUACACUUGUGCCACAUCAGUAGAUACUGAAGACGUGGAUGUGGAUCAAAAGGCAGUGCUCAUUCAAUCACAAGCUCGUGGAAUGCUUGCCCGCAAGAAAUUCCUCAACCGCGAGCGACUUGCAUUGGAUUGUACUCGAUCCAGAGCUGGGCAUGGUAUCAUGAAAGAAAAGGCAAAGCGAGCUGGCAUUGAAUCCAACAUCCGUGCCAUCAAGAAGAUCUUGACUUCGAACAAGGAACUGUGGGAAUCCUGCAAGGGCAACCUACGUGGUGAGAAAGGUACACACGUCACCAAAUUCACAAGAACUGGAUUCUUCCACGUUGAAGUGGUUACCGACGAUGACGGCAUUGUCUUUUCCACCAAGCCCAUGCGCAAUGAAAAGUUCUUCGACACCCAGUCGAUGGUAGCGAUUCCAGACAAGUUGUCUGGGAUCUUUGAAGUCAAAUACGACGAAGAUCUCCAUGUUAACUAUGAAUCUCUUCUUGAGCGAGUCCAACUGUUGCACGAAGACGUUCUUGGACCCUAUUUGGUCAAGCUGAUGGAACACCUUCAGUCCGUCAAUGCAGGCCUCACAGAGAUUAGCAAAUGGAUCUCUGAGCCUUCCGACUACCUCAAAUUCCUCAGCAAGACCUUCGGACUGAAGCAAGAUUUGGAUAUUCCUGAUGAGGAAUCACUCAUGAAGCACCUCCAUACUGAAGUCCUCAAGGAACAAGCUAUGGCGUAUGAGCUGAACAUCCGAGCAAAGUUUAACAUCGAGCUAGAUGCAGAGCGGUUCAUGUUGGAAAAAGUGUUGGAGCUCGUGUCCAACUAA